AUGGAUCUGUUCGGACCAGUAAACGUUCUCAGCAUUAACAGAAAUUCCUAUUGUCUAGUCGUGAUUGAUGAUUUUUCACGUUUUACAUGGGUUUUCUUUCCAUCCAAUAAAGUUGGAGUUGCUGAUCUGAUUAGGAAAUUCAUUGUGUUAAUUGAGAACCAAACUAACAACAGGGUGAAGGCGCUUCGUACUGACAGCGGAACAGAGUUUAAGAAUUAUGUUCUCGAUCACUUCUGCGCAGAAAAGGGGUAUGCUGCUCGCACCGCCUAUCGGGUCUAUAACAAGAAGACAAAGCAAGUUGUAGAAUCGUAUGACGUGCGCUGGUUGGAAGAAAAUGAGACGGAUGCUCGAGUAGGUUCGGAUUGGUUGUUUGAUUACACAUCUCUGUUCAAAUCUAUAAAUGUGUCUUCAUGUAGCUCAUUUGGAUCUAUCUCCGGUUUGAAGAAUGUUUCUGAAGAUGAAGACAAAGAAGUUGUAUACAGACCUCCAAUGGUAUCCUCUUCACAACCUGAAGAGGAGACUCCUGCUUCGCCUGAGGGGGAGUCCUUCGCUUCUCCUGAGGGGGAGUCAUCUGUACAUCCUAAUAGUUCGAAAUCUCCAAUUCCGAAUACUACUCCUGAUGCUGAAAUAACACCACUCACUCCUAUAGAAAGAGAGUUCAUGUCCAAAGACUCUUCCGCUGAUACUUCAACAUUUAUGAAGCUACUCUUUCUUGAAGACUUUUCAAAUGAGUUUGUGGCAGAGUCGUCUGGUGCGACAAUCGGCAAAUGA